AUGGCAGACCGCCUUCCUAGUCCCCCUAAGUACGCAAUGUCGCAUUCCACAUAUGCCCAGGGUCACAAGCAACGCAAUGACACCAACAGUCGACGUCAGAAAGUGCUAAGAGCCUGUGACAGAUGUCGAACAAGAAAGACAAAGUGCGAUGCUGGAUACACAACUUGUAGACGGUGCCAGCGUGAUGGCUUUGUCUGCACUACUGGAUUCACCACAAAGAAUCCUUAUAGGCAACUUCCGCCAGGGUAUACAGAAGUAUAUAAGAAAACACACUCUGUUCUUGAAACUACUAUCAAACGGCUUUACCUUAUGUUGCGCAAUGGAGAUACCUGGGACUUUGAUGAACCUAAGUUAGACAAUUGUGGUGAGGUCAUAGUUCACGAUAUUGUCCAUAAACUAGGCUACUCGCAACCACGCAUCGAAGCCAGGUCUCCAACACCUCUCAUGGAUUUAGAAGAUGAAGAGAAUUCGGAAGAUACUGCAAGCGAACACGGAGAGGAAAUUACAGAUCAAGUUCCCCAGGAGGAGGCCUUGGUGCCGGAAACCGGGUUACCCACGCCUUGCCGAGAUGAGCAAUCGCCACCGGAACAGUAUGUCGAUAACGGUGAUGAUGGUUCGAAAACAUCCAUGGAUCACAGUGUUGGUAGUGACAAUUCGAAUACCUUGGCACAGCAGUGGACCAAUGGUUUCUAUACCGACUUCUCGACGCCAAUCUGCGGGGUCGAUAUGAUGGCUCUGAAUUGGCCGCAAUCAGAUUUAGUGUACCAGGCCACCGGCGAGACUGUGUCAGGUAAUAUACCCUUGCUGUUCCAACCGGCUGUUUUCAAUAUGUGUGGAAGAGUCGAUGGUUUUAACUAUUUCUAA